UUAUUAAAUGUUAAAUGUAUCAUAAAUGAGGCUAAUACCACACUGGAGUACAUACUAAAGCAGGGGCGGACUGACAACUCAUGGGGCCCCCGGGCAAUAGGGGAUCAUGGGACCCCUGUGUCCUUGCCCAAACUCAAAAAAGCCUAUGAAAAAGGUACCAGGGGCAUCUCAUGGGGCCUCCUACUGACCCCGGGCCCUCGGGCAGUGCCCGAGUUUCCAAAUGGACAGUCCGCCCCU